AUGCAACUAACGCCAAUCAUAUCGCCCGUGGUGACAAUUGUCUUCCUCCCAUCACUCAUCUCGGGACUCUGUGUAUCCGAAUUCGACCUCCGUACCACCCUGAUAGAUACCCAACGGUCAUACGGGUAUGCAAUGGGAAAUGUAAACCUGCGAAACCCGGCCAAAAUCAAAUCAGAAGGACCCGCAUCCUUAGAGGCGAAGGGUACUCUUCUGAGUAUAAUGGACCUGCUAGAUCACGACAAUAUAAACCUAUCUACUUUCAUUUACUAUUUCAACGGACCGCCUGCAAAUGUUACGGCGAUGUCUGAGGAUUCGGUCAAGCAAUUUACCAAGUUAUUUGAAGGUCUUUCGAAUUCCCAAUGCCAAUUCUUCAACCAGCUAGCAGCGGUCCCAUCAAGGAUGGGAUUAACCACUUCUUCUCAACUAGCGGGCUAUCGCGGAAUAAUCCCGUGGAUUGCUGAUAUCGACAACCUACAAAGUAGGAUUUAUACGCGACUGUCGGAUACUUUUACCUUUAGCGUCUCCGACACUGCUUUGACUCAAUCAAUGAUAAAUUUUAAUAAAGCCCAAGAACGGUUUAGGACUUGUGUCAGCAAUACUACCGUUCAAUGGAAUGGUACCUAG